AUGGCUGAAUACACUGCCAGGGCCAUUUUCCCUGAUGACAACAACCACUAUGUGCGAUAUCCAAGUCGGAGGAGCGUGGUCCAUGGCACAAAUGGUCUUGUUGCAUGUACACAACCACUCGCUGCAGAGGUCGGGCAAAGGGUCUUGAAGAUGGGAGGCAAUGCUGCUGAUGCCGCCGUGGCCGUGGCUGCUGCCAUGAAUAUGACGGAGCCUGCCUCUACGGGAAUCGGAGGUGACAUGUUCUGUCUCUACUUCGAUAACACGACCAAGAGAGUACACGCUCUUAAUGGCUCCGGACGCAGUCCUGCAGGUGCAACGCUUGAGCAAGUCAAGAAAGAGGUCGGCGAGGGCAAUGGCAGAAUCCCCAUCAACAGUGCUCUCUCCGUCACUGUUCCAGGUGCUGCUGCUGGCUGGGUCGAUGCUGUUGAGGCCUUUGGUAGUGGCAAGUUGACUUUGGAACAGAUCCUCAUGCCAGCUAUUGAGAUGGGCGAACGAGGAUUUCCCGUAAGCGAGUUCUCAGCAAGUAUGUGGCGGAAUGCAGAGAAGAAACUAAAAAUGGCAUCGCCUAAUUUCCGUGAGAUGCUGAAGCCGGAUGCUGCAGCUGAAGACGGAUGUCGUGCGCCGCGUGCUGGAGAAAUCUUUCGAAACCCAGCUCUUGCCAAUAUAUUCAGGAAGCUGGCAAAAGAAGGGAAACACGGUUUCUAUUCUGGAGAUAUCUCACAUGCAAUUAUCGAAACUCUCAGGGAAAAGGGCAGUCGAAUGGAGUUAUCUGAUCUCCAAGAACACAUGGUCCGCGGGACCAGCGAGACGCAACCCAUUUCGUUGCGAUUUCGCGGCCAGAAUGUGAAGAAGAAUGCUUCAAAGAAACUGUCAGGCGACUUAUUGGACGAUCAUUUCGUCGAGAUUUGGGAGCAUCCGCCCAAUGGACAAGGAAUCGUCGCCUUGAUGGCUCUGGGAAUCCUCGAGGAGCUGGAGGCGGGGGGCGACGUGCCAGCUUUUCGCCCCGAGGACCACAACAGUCCCGCCUAUCUGCACGCUAUUAUCGAAGUCUUGAGGAUCGCCUUCGCAGAUGCCAACUGGUGGGUGACUGAUCCCGACUUGAGUGGCGUCUCGGCCGAAGAUAUGACGUCGCGUCUUUACCUAGCACAACGUGCCAAACUCUUUGACAAGACCAAGGCCGGGAUAUUCUCCAGGGGCGACCUGGGGUCCAGUCCAGCGCAAAAUCAUAGCGACACGGUUUAUUUUGCUGUGACUGAUCGAGAUGGAAACGCCAUGAGCUUUAUCAACUCCAACUUUCGAGAGUUUGGAUCCUGUAUAAUUCCAAAGGGCUGCGGCUUUACCCUUCAAAACAGGGGCUCUGGGUUUGUGCUCGAGCCCGAGCAUCACCCAAAUGUCUACGCUCCAGCAAAGCGGCCAUAUCAUACCAUCAUUCCAGGCCUGGUAACCCACGGCGUUGGAGACAAUCGUCAGUUGCACUCAGUUUACGGUGUCAUGGGAGGUUUAAUGCAACCACAAGGCCAUGUUCAGGUUUUGCUGAACAUGGAGGUCUUUGGCAUGAACCCGCAACAAGCUUUGGAUGCGCCGAGGAUAUGCAUUGCGGCUGGGCCACCAGGUGCUGAAGAUCCAACGCUCUCAACCAUCUUCUUCGAAGAAGGGAUAGACGAUACCGUCAUUUCAGCACUGGAGGAAAUGGGACAUCGCGUCAAGAAGAUGGAGGGCUGGAAUCGAUUCUGGUUUGGUCGUGGCCAGGUGAUUCGAAGACACGUUGACGAAGAGACGGCCCAGGUUGUAUACAGUGGCGGAAGUGACCCUCGAGGUGAUGGUUGUGUUCUAAUGGCAUAA